AUGGCGGACUGCGAGAGAGCUGUGUAUUUCGCUGUUAGUAAUAUUCCCGCAAGGUUCAGGUCCGCGGACUUGAGAAACUAUUUUAGCCAGUUUAUAGAGGAUAAGGGUUUCUUGUGUUUCCAUUACCGGCACCGACCGGAGGUGCUCAAGGAUCCUGUGGCAGCUGGGGGCACUGACUCCCCGGCGGAGCAGGACCGCUCGGCAGCCGCUGCUGGUGAAAAUCAUCAUGGCGACAAUAGUCGGAGCGGGGGCUCCGGACAGAGGGGGGCCAGAGGGAGAGAGAAGACGUGCUGUUGUAUCGUCUCUGUCCGGGCCAAGGAAGCCGAGCGCUUUGCGAAAAUGUACGGCGGCAAUCAGUGGAUCGAUUCAAAGGGGGACUGGCUCGGCACGAAAUGUGUUCUCAAGAGGAUCAGAGUGUAUGAGCACGACACGGAUGAGGGCGACUUCCCGUACAAGACCAGAGCAGAGCUGAAGAGGCAUGUGGCUCUGACGGAGCACUUCACUGAGGGUGACCUCCACAGCCUGCCCGAGAUGAACCCACCGGCAUUGAUGCCAGCCGGUAACGUGGGUACGCCAGUCACCGUGUUUCUGCAGCUGAUCCAGGCCUGCCGUCUGCCGCCACGGCUUAUCCGAAAGCUGGGCCUCACCUUCCCUAAGACCGGCUCGCACCGUCGCUAUGGCAACGUGCCCUUCCAGUACCAGGACACAUGCACAGUCCAUCCUGAGGAGGAGAGUGUGUACACAGCUGGUGGCGUGGAGAUUUCCGGACCGGGCAGGAUCGCCCCUCCACCCUUACGUCCCCAGGACCCUGGUCUUCCACCACCAGUUGACAAAACUUUGCCAGAAGCAGAAGAGUCUCAGUCAGACACAGAUGAUGAUGACGACCGGUGUGAGGAGUGGGAGCGGCACGAGGCCUUGCACGAGGAUGUGACGAGCCAGGAGCGCUCCAAGGAACGGCUCUACGAGGAGGAGAUUGAACUCAAGUGGGAGAAAGGUGGAUCCGGGCUCGUCUUUUACACGGACGCCCAGUACUGGCAGGAGGAGGAGGAGGGAGAUUUUGAUGAGCAAACGGCAGAUGACUGGGAUGUAGAUAUGAGUGUGUACUAUGAAAAAGAUGGUGGUGACAUGGAUGCCCGUGACUACGUGCGCAUGCGCUAUGAAAGCCGGCAGAGGGAGGGGCUGGAAAGGGAGUCUGAUGCACAGCAACCAAUUGGUAGCUUUGAGAAAUUCACAAAGGGGGUGGGCAGGCGGCUGAUGGAGCAGCAGGGCUGGAAGGAUGGACAGGGGUUGGGAUCCAGCCAGCCAGGCAUGGCAGAGGCCUUAGAGGGAGAAGGACAGCAUCCUAACUGUAAAAGAGGUUUUGGGUACCAUGGCGAGAAGCUGAGCUCAUUCAUUCCAGCCAAGAAGUCGUGCCCAGACUUCCUCAUCUCCACGGUGUAUGACCAGCCCAGGAAAAUUGACCAAGGAGACACGCUCCUCCGACGGCAGCCUAACACUAGCAUGAAAUACAGAGAGUGGCAGGCAGAGAGCAGCACUAAACUGAAAAGGUGACACCCCAGAGGAAGUUUGACAUGUACUGGAUAUGGUCUUAGGCAAAAAAACUCGACAUCACUUCAGCCAGCACCUUGAGCAGUGUUUGGGCCACUGUGUUCAGCCCAGAAAACAAAUGAAGUGUUGGGACUUGCAAAUGUUGUUACUCAACUAUUUUUGUCGUUUGAUACAUGACAACAUCUUACACAAUAGUGCAACCUGCUGCAUCAUCUAUUCAUUAGGAAACGGGAAAGAGACACUGGUGGAGAACUCUGUUGCUUUCCCAGGUGGUUCUCGCAUUAUAAUUGACAGUUAUUGAUGUCCUUUUUUGACUCUUGGUCCAGACCACUGUCUGUACUGGCUACGCUGCACAAUCUGCUGCUCGCUCCUAUGAAGAAGCCAAAUCUUCCCUUCACCUAUAUUUGGAAGCGAGACACAGGUUGUAGCAGCACCCGUCUGCGUUGUGCCAAAUUGCCUACUCAGCUCCAUCAAUUCCACACCAUCAAAUGUGGCCAGAGUGGAGUUGCAGAGGUCUCCUUUUCAGUACAGGCAAAACUUUAUCUCUUCUGAAAAGACUGCUGUCUUGAGAUGUUGUUUGUUUGUAUCAGGCAGAUAAAUCUGUUUGUAGAACUGGGUUCAUUUACCUUGGAUUUACAUGAGAGUUGAUGACUGUAUUUACUGUGGAUUUACUGAUUUUGUAUUUUACAGAAUCACAAGGCUUGUUUAUUGC